AUGAGAAAGCCCACGAGUGCGCCAUGUCAUAAACCCUUUCUUCCUCCUCGUUCCUCCGCUUCUCCCCAGCGCGCCGUUGGUUGGUUGCCACGAUAAGCGCGGCCUAAUCGGACGAGGUCCGGUGCUAGAUAUACCCGACGGCACUACGCCGACGGCUGAAAGUGCGCUCGCAGCGGCGUACAGGCUGAGGAAGUGCGGCGCCUCGGUCGUGCCGUUCGAGGCGGAGACCAGGCAGGAGGGAUAAUACGGUCGGCUCCGAGAGCGGGUUUCUCUGCACACGACCCACCGUCUGAUCCAUUUCACGGCGGCGCAACCGCCGGAACUGGAAGUUUGUCCGCAUUAGUUUCUUCAGGCUGCUGGCCGGCGUGAAAAAUUGCUAGGCCACCAUGGAUGUUGAUAAACAAGAAACGAUGGAGGAGACCAUACUCGUUGGUGAUGAUCUUAUGAGGGGUCCGCCUUGCCCUGUCAUACCAAAAGAAAUUGCUUCGCAUGUCCUGGAAGGUGUUGAGCUUUGCGAUGGUAUCCUCAAGAAUCUUUUCCUAUGCUUGCAAAUCAAUGAUAUUGAGCCAUUUUGCCAAGAUGAAAUUGUGCUAUACCAACAAUGUGCUGAAAAAAGGGACAAGGAAAUAAGGGAGCGUCUGCAGGAUAGUGAAUAUAAACUGGGUUUCUCAAUGCCCCUUGAAGAAGCAAAGGAAAGAGUCACUCAACUCCAGUCAGAGGUCACACUGCUUGAAAGGCGCAUGAUUCUUGCCAGUGGACUUCAAGGUAUGGAAGGAUUUCGCCAAAGAUGGAGCUUGCAUGGACAGAUUAGUGACACAAGGCAAAGGUUGGAGGCGCUGAACCAUGGGAUGGCAAAAAGAGAAAGCCCAAGUUCUCCAGGGGAAGGCACAGCACCUGCAGCUAAGAAGAGGUGGUUCAUUUGAUAGGUUAGCACUUUUUUUCUGACUUGGAAAACAUUGUAACUUAAGGUAUGCUGAUGGCAAUGUUAUGUAGUACCGAUUGCUUUCUACGGUGCUCUGCAUCCAAACCAACUACUGGGUUGCUAACCAAUGGGUUCGUUUAUAUCCAGCAACAAUUUUUAAAUUAAAAUAACGAGAUGAAUAAAUUGUAAGCCUUGGAGAUAACAUUUGCAUUACCCACGAAGUAAUGUUAUGAUUUCC